GGGGGAGGAGACUGUUUCCAUGACCCUAUAAGGCUUUUUCCCGUGAUCCUCUCCUUCUUUUCACCAUCUUUCCUUCUUCCCGGCCGCCGCAGCCAUGAAGGUCGAGCUGUGCAGUUUCAGUGGGUACAAGAUCUACCCCGGACACGGGAGGCGCUACGCCAGGACCGACGGGAAGGUUUUCCAAUUUCUUAAUGCAAAAUGCGAGUCGGCGUUCCUUUCCAAGAGGAAUCCUCGACAGAUAAACUGGACUGUCCUCUACAGAAGAAAGCACAAAAAGGGACAGUCGGAAGAAAUUCAAAAGAAGAGAACCCGCCGGGCAGUCAAAUUCCAGAGAGCCAUCACUGGUGCAUCUCUUGCUGAUAUAAUGGCCAAGAGGAAUCAGAAACCUGAAGUUAGGAAAGCUCAACGAGAACAAGCUAUCAGGGCUGCCAAGGAAGCAAAAAAGGCUAAGCAAGCAUCUAAAAAGACAGCAAUGGCUGCUGCUAAGGCUCCCACAAAGGCAGCACCUAAGCAAAAGAUUGUGAAGCCUGUGAAGGUUUCUGCUCCUCGUGUUGGUGGAAAACGCUAAGUUGGCCAAUCAGAUUUUUAAAUAAAGACUUACCAAGUUAAGAAUUUAGGAACUAAAUUUUUUUUAAGAUUUGAUUUGUUUUCUUAAAGAGGGGAAGGGAGGGAGAAAGGGAGAGAAACAUCAGUGUGAGAGAUCAGUUGCCUCUUCUACACACCCUGACCAGGCUCACCCCAAUUGGGUACCGAACCCCCAAUUCAAACAUGUGCUUUCGCUGGAGAUCAAACUGGCAACCUUUCAGUUUGUGGAACACAGUGCCCAAACAACUGAGCCACACUGAUCAGGGCAAGAGCUAAGUUUUUUGAAAGAUUAAUUUCUUUGAAAUACUGCCUCCUAAUGCAAAGUUUCAUAGCAGGAGAGAUGUUAGGCCAAAUGCAUGGUUAAAUGCUAGCUUUGCUCUGAUGAGGUACAAGGGCACAUUAUAGACUGCACUGCACACUGUCUUGUGGCUGUAAGUACUAGGACGCAGUGUAUGAGUUAAGGUGCCCUUUAUUCUGUUGCUUUUGCCUGUAGGAAGAUCUUUAUUUUCUUGUUAAAUUAGCCUCUUUUGUGACAAGUAGACAACAUUUUAUAUUGGGUUUGCCUUUUGUUCACUGGUAAUGUCACCUUUCAACCAUUAGCUUGAUAACUGAGUUGUAAGCACUUAAAACUAUCAGGUGUAUUUGUCUGCUCUUAUUUUCAAAAAAGAAGUUCAAGUGAUGAGCACAUCUUCAGUAAAAUAUACUUAGAAAUUUCCAAAGCAGUUCGAUGAGCUGGGAGUUUGACAGAGCCAUAGAUAAAAUUGGAGAAAUGCCUGAGUAGCCCGUUUAUGUUUGGGAGAUACUUGUAUAUAAAAUGUGAUAUGUGAAGUAGCAGUGAUCAUAAUUUAUGAUAAGAAUAGCCUUCCACAGAAAGUAGAUAUUACCUGCAUGUACCACAUUGUGCCAAGUUUCAGGGACACAAUGAACAAGUCAUGUCCUCUUGAGAAACAUGCUUUUCUAUAUGAAAAUACUAUGUGAG